GAGACUACAAGACCGGCUGGAAAGCCUGUUGUCGAACCCAAUCGUCACAUUGAAAAUGCCGACAAUACGGCCACACCAGUCCCUAUUGCCGUCGUUGGCAUGGCAUGCCGUUUCGCAGGCAAUGUCACCAGCCCAUCUGAACUAUGGAAAUUGUGUGCUGAUGGCCACGACGGCUGGUCACCCAUUCCUAAGGAGAGAUUUGAUGUGAAAACGCUAUACCAUACCGACAGCGUAAAGCCCGGUAGAAACCACGCCGUUGGUGGCUAUUUUAUGAGUGAAGAUGUAUCCAGCUUCGACGCGGCAUUUUUUAACUUUUCUGCCGACGUUGCAAAUGCUAUGGAUCCUCAGAUUCGCCUCCUUUUAGAAAUCGUAUACGAGGCGACGGAGGAUGCCGGUAUCCCUCUAGAAACACUUGCAGGGACCAACACGUCCGUCUUUUCAGGUUGCUACGGGAAAGAUUACCAUGAUCUCCAAUCGCGAGAUCCCGAAGCCAUGCCUGCUUCUUUUUUGACGGGUAAUGGCACAGCGAUGAUUUCGAAUCGAAUCAGCCACUUUUACGAUCUUCAAGGUGCAAGUAUGUCUAUCGACACUGGCUGCUCUUCUGGGCUGGCCUGUCUACACCAAGGGUGUCAGACUAUCCGCACCGGGGAGUCCAAUGUCUCGAUUGUCGGCGCGUCAAGCACUAUUCUCAAUCCGGAUUUGUUCGUUGCCAUGUCUACGCUGGGAAUGGUCGGUGCAAAUGGAAGAUGCUACGCCUGGGAUGCGCGCGCUGAGGGUUAUGGCCGUGGUGAAGGCGUUGCGGCAUUGGUGUUGAAGGGCCUCGAUGCUGCGCUCCAAGAUGGUGAUCACGUCCACGCCGUCAUUAAAGCUACCGGCUUGAAUCAAGAUGGCAAAACGCAGAGCAUAACAUCACCAUCUGUUGAUGCACAGGUAAAACUCAUAAAUGGCUGUUACCGGUACGCAGGACUCGACCCAGCCGACACCGGAUACGUCGAGGCGCACAUGACGGGCACCCAAGUCGGCGACCUGGCUGAGGCCAAAGCUUUAGCACAGACGUUUGGCGCUGCUAGUCAGAUGGCAGCGAGUAAUAGUGAUCCGGUCCUGGUCGGCUCGGUCAAGACAAACAUUGGCCACACAGAGCCGGUGAGUGGUCUCGCAGCCAUCAUCAAAACAGCACUCGCCAUGAAGAACAGGCAGGUACCUGCGAACCUUAACUACGAGACUUCAAACCCCAAGAUCAAGCUAGAAGAUUGGAAUUUAAGAGUGCCAACAAACCUGAUGGCAUGGCCAAUAAACAAGCCAUUGCGGGCUUCAAUUAACAACUUUGGCUAUGGCGGAGCGAACGCGCACGUUAUUCUCGAAGCUGCACCACCAGGAUGUGCCAGUGCGAAUGGGACGGGACAAAACAUGCAAUAUAAAAAGAGAGAUGAGGAAGUUUCACGUGUUUUCAUUGUCAGCGCCAGAGACACCAAUACCACUCAGACCAUGGCCAAGAACCUUGCCGCUCACAUAAGAGAUUGUAUAAACCGUGGAGAUGAGUUGUCGCCCGGCGAUCUAGCCUACACGUUAGCAGAGCGGCGAUCACGUCUGGGGUGUAUCUCUUUGGUGAAAUCCAGGACUUUAGUCCAACUUGCUGGUCAAUUGGAAAGCCCUUUGCUCAAAUUCUCCCAGACAAGCAACAAGAAACCGAGGCUAGGAUUCGUCUUCAACGGUCAAGGCGCACAAUGGCAUGCCAUGGGCCGUGAGCUAUUAGAUACCUACCCCAUAUUUGGUUCUGCUGCUAGAGAGGCAGAUUCUGUCCUCCGCAGCUACGGCGCAGACUGGUCAUUGCAAGAGGAAUUGUUGAGAGAUGCCCAAUCUACCCGCGUAUCAGAAAUAAGUAUCAGCCAACCUAUCACAGUAGCACUACAGCUAUGCCUUGUCAAGCUGUUGCAGUCGUGGAACAUUCACCCCUCAGCGGUUGUAAGCCAUUCUAGUGGAGAGAUCGCGGCAGCCUUCACUGUCGGAGCGCUUUCUUUCUCCGAAGCACUCGGCAUAGCUUACUACCGCGGGGAGCUCUCGCGCAAGUAUAAGAAACUUUUAACAAAGGAAGGUGGAAUGCUUGCAGCAGGUAUUAGUGCUAGUGAAGCCCAGAGGUAUAUAACCAAUACGUCGGCAGGAGGGCAGGUUGUGGUAGCUUGCGUCAACAGCCCAAAAAGUGUCACGCUUUCUGGAGACAUCGACGACCUCAACGAGGUCGCAAUGAAACUGGAGCUUGAUGGUGUAUUCUCACGAAAGCUAAAGGUGCCUAUGGCUUAUCACUCGCACCAUAUGUUGCCUAUGUCAGAGGAAUACGUCGAGAUGCUUCGUCAAAUACUGCCGGCAAACCGUUCUUGGAUGGAUGGUAUUCAAUUUGCAUCCCCCGUAACUGGCACCAUAGUAGAUUCGCCAGGUUUUCUGACACCUGAGCAUUGGGCUCGAAAUCUUACCAGCCCGGUUCUAUUUAGCGAUGCAUUCAAAGCCAUCAACGAAAGCGUGGAUAUGGUACUUGAAAUUGGUCCUCAUAGUACGCUCUCCGGGCCUAUCCGUCAAAUACUCAAAGGCAAGACAAUUCCUUACGUAUCGUGUUUGAAACGAACGGUUGACGCUGUCGAGACUAUGCAAGACGUUGCAUGCGAUCUCCUUCACACUGGAUAUCCUGUACUCGUCGGAGCUGUCAAUGCUGCUGGCUCACCUCAACAUCAAAAAUUUGUGCCAGGUUUGCCUCUAUAUCCUUGGAAUCACACCUCAAGCUAUUGGGUGGAAUCACGGGUGAAUAGGGACAUUCGGCAAAAGAGAUUCCCACCUCAUGAGCUCCUUGGCCUGCCAAUCUCAGGAGCCUCACCACAAGCAGCCGAGUGGCGGAACUUCUUGCGGCUAUCAGAUGUGCCAUGGCUGGUAGACCACCAGGUAGACUCUCAGGUUGUCCUUCCUGGAGCUGCGUACAUCUCAAUGGCGGUCGAGGCAGCGCGCCUUAUAAUAACAGAGGACUCGGCAAAAACUCCGCAUGGGUAUGGGCUCCGCUAUAUCGACUUCUUAAGUGCUCUCACUGUCCCAGAAUCUUCAGUAAUUGAGAUACGCCUGCGCCUGAAAGAGAUUGACUCGGCGGGCUGGUACGACUUUGAGGUUUGCUCCAUCGGGCAAUCGGAUGAUGUAUGGGUGGAAAAUUGCCGUGGCCAAAUCUCAGUAUUAGAAGACCUAGGCGGCCAGACCAACUGUCUUCUUGGCCCUGACUCGUUUUUCGAUAAUGGUGAAAAAGGUCGAGAUGUUGAUAUAUCAAGACUACUAGCACGCACAUCCAACAUGGGCAUCAACUACGGACCAGCGUUCCGAAAUUUGAUCGCUGGGCGCACGGCAGCCAACAGGUCCAUCACAGAUCUGCGUAUUGCUGACGUUGCAUCCGAUUCCCAUAGUUAUCUCGUUCAUCCCACCACGCUGGAUUGCAUCAUCCAAUCCACCUACAUCAGUUUACCCGAUAGCUCAGAUCAGGGAUCAAUGGUCCUUCCGAGAUCUAUCCAGAGUGUGUUCAUUUCAAGUCAAAUACUUGGAAAAACAGGGGAUAAGCUGCAAGUACUUAGCGAAUUGCAGAAAGUGCAAAAGAAGGGGUUCACUUCUGAAGUAGGAGUUGGGCAUGCUGGAGUUGAAAACGCUUCAGUAACCCAUCUUCGAAUAGAAAAGCUCUUCUGUCAGGCAGUCCCUCGUGGAGUUGAAAGCGUAGAUGGCGAUAAAGAACCAGAAAUAUCACAAUGCAAGAGCCUUUGGGAACUAGAUGUGCUCCACAAUGUUCCCAAGGCAAUCAAAGAUUCCAUGCGCAUCAACUUGACUGAUGACGAGGUUGCUUUUGAGAAGCAGAUGCUUCGGGCAUCGUACUACUACAUUUGUGAUGCGUUGUCCCAAAUCGAGAAGGAGAGCCAAGAAAAUUGGGAAUGGCACCACAAGAUCAUGUUCCGCUGGAUGGUGACUGUGGUCGAGCUGGGAAAGAAAGGCGCCUUUGGUGUAGGGAGCACUAAAUGGUCUCGGGCAAGCAGAGGUAUGAAGCAAGUGGUGUUCGACGAACUAGCCCGUGGAGAUGCUUCUUGUCAACUCACCGCACGGGUUGGGGCAAAGCUGACCGACAUCCUCCGCGGACGAAUCACACCGCUAGAGCUAAUGAUGGAAGGAGAUCUGUUAAACAGAUACUAUAUGGAUUUACCCAAGCUCAAAUCUCGCAGCUACAAACAUGUAGCUCGAAUGGUUGAGCUCUUCGCCGUGAAGCACCCUGGUGCCCAGGUACUUGAAAUCGGAGGCGGCACUGGUGGCGCAACACAGGUUAUCCUCGAGGGUUUUGGCGCUCGAACUAGUGGUGCAGGUACUCUCCUCGGCCAUUAUACAUUCACUGAUGUAUCUUCCGGAUUUUUCGAGGCCGCCCGCCAGAAAUUUGCUGCGUGGGAUGGAUUGAUUGACUUCCAGAAACUGGAUAUAGAGACGAACCCUAUUGAACAGUCCGAUGUCUUCACAUCCGGAAAAUUUGACCUCAUAGUUGCAUCCAUGGUGCUUCAUGCCACUAAAAGUCUGGAUCGAACGAUGAGGAACGUGCGUAAGUUGCUCAAGCCAGGAGGCAAGCUUCUCCUAGUUGAGACAACACAGGACAAGCUCGACAUGCAGCUCAUUUUUGGAACCCUGCCAGGGUGGUGGUUGAGUGAAGAGCCGACUCGUACCAUGAGUCCCAAUGUCGACAGAGAGACUUGGAACGAGGUGCUUCGUAGGACAGGUUUCACUGGUGUGGACUUUGAAAUCGGGGAUUGCGAGCAGCGGCAAUUUCAGUGUUCGAGUGUAAUUCUCUCGACUGCUACCAGAACGCCUACUCUGCCGCCGACUGUGACUGUCGUGUACACAGUUCCGGUACCCGAAGCAUGGAACAGGCAACUUGUCGACAGGAGCCUGGAAAAGAGCGGUACUGCUAUAAAUUAUAAAAUUUGGGAUGACGUACAGCCUGAGAACAAAGUCUAUAUUUUUACCGGCGAUAUGACCGCUCCCUUUCUGGACAAUAUAGAUAAGACUUCCUAUGAGAAGUUACAGCAACUGAUUGCUCGAAGUCGUGGAAUAUUGUGGCUGAGUUCUGGAGGCUCUGUUGACGAGCAGGCCCCGUUAUAUGCUCAGACCUAUGGCUUAUUGCGAACUUUGCGGCAGGAGGACACUACAAAACCGCUGAUUCAUUUGGACUUUGAGCAGACUAAUGGCGGACCCUGGACUGGUGAUAAAAUUGAUCACAUUAUCCAUGUACUAACGCAUGCCAUGGCUGAGGAUCAUGUAAACUCCGACUGGGAGUACGCCAUCAAAGACUCCAUGCUUCAUGUUCCCAGGUUCUUUCCAGGAAAUUUGAAAGUCCCAGAGCCUAUACUUGAGCAACAACCGUUCUACCAGCGGGGUCAGACACUAGUAUGGGAGCCUUCAGACAAGAUAUUCAUCAAAAAUGGUCAAGUAAAGUCCAACAUUCCCAGCGACAUGUUGGAAAUUGAAGUUAAGGCUUUUGAUGUCGAUCUUCGAACCGUACCAAAUGAUGGCGAGGAAAUAGCGGCAUAUCAUUUAGGUGGUGUUGUCACUAGAGUUGGGGCCGAUGCAGAAGCAAGUGGAUUUCACGUCGGUGAUAGGGUGGGUGGCUUGACAAAAGGCCGUUUCACAAAUAUCGCGCAGACACAUAUGACUAGUGUUGUCAAGGUCCCAGGCAUGUCCUUUGUGGAAGCAGCGUCUAUUCCGGUCGCAUAUGCCGCGGCAUACCACGCAUUGAUUAUUGUCGCAAAGCUUCGACAAGGAGAGUCGGUACUGGUACAUCCUGGCAUGAGCGAUGUCGGCCAAGCAGCAAUUGUCAUAGCCCAGAAUAUUGGCGCUGAUGUGUUCGCGACUUUUGAUAAGGAAACGGAGCGCAGUAUUUUGAAAGACAAGUAUCAUGUGGUGUCACAUCGUAUCUUCUCUACUCAAGAUGUUAGCAAUACGAUAUCUUUCAACACUCAGAGCAAGAGAAACGGCAUGAAUGUCAUUCUCACUUCGCCAGCCAGUCGAUCCAAUAACUCUUUGGGGAAUUUCCUUACUCGCUUCGGGCGUUUCAUCCAGACUGGGGGGAUUGGUGCAAAGCAAGGUCGACGACCAUUGAGCCAGGAAAUAUUGGAGAGUUCCGCCACAUAUGCCAAUGUUGAUAUAAUGGAGUUGGCCGAAUAUGACGGCCGCGCUUUCCAAGAGGCAAUAGUGGCCGGAGUUGAAAUAUGGAACAAAAUGGGUCGCGGCAUGUCUACUUCCUUGCCCUUUGUUCAAUAUCCAGUUUCGCAAUUAGACGAAGCGGUUCGACAGCAAGGGCAGAAAGGCAAUACCGCCAAAGUUCUAGUUGUUAUCCAGCAGGAAGAUGUGGUAAACGUUACCUCCUCACUAAAGCCGCUUUCAUUCGACGCUAAGGAUGCCACAUACUUGAUUGUCGGCGGAUUAGGUGGAAUCGGUCGAGCUAUAGCAUCCUGGAUGAUGGACAAUGGUGCUCGGAAUUUGCUCAUCGUGUCUCGCAAUGCCGAAAAGCAUCCUGAUGCGGCUAUACUCCUGCGGAGAGCCAAGAAUGAGUCCCGUAAUCUUCAGAUACAUAACUGUGAUGUGUCAUCUGAGGAAAGCCUUGUCGCUCUCCUUGAGGAUGUUGGCGAUUCCUUGCCGCCUAUCCGAGGCGUCGUUGACGCGGCUAUGGUUCUUGAGGACUCGGUUUUCGAGAGCAUGACGUUUGACCAGUGGAAACGAGCUGUAUUGCCCAAGGUUGCCGGUACCACGAACUUGGACAGGCAUCUAUCACCUAACCUUUCCUUCUUUGUUCUUUUAUCUUCGUUGACUGGAGUGGCGGGCCACGUCUCGCAGGCCAACUACUCUGCCGGUAAUACUUUCCAAGAUGCAUUCGCCCGCCAUCGAGCGGCAAAGGGCCAAUUCACCAUUAGCAUCGACCUCAGCGCCGUAAGCGGCGUGGGAUAUAUUGCCGCUGCCGAUAAUGACGCUGCAAAGGCACGCAUUGACGCACUUGGUUCGACAUCGAUUCCUAUUGAAAGUGUUCUUACACUGCUGGAUAAGGCCCUUAGCCGGGGAGAGGUCACUCCAGGGGAAGCCCAAGUGGUUGUUGGUUUACAGCCAUGGAGGGAGCUGGCAGACGAUAGCAUUGUACGUCGGGACAAACGCUUUGGGACACUACGGUCAUCGGGCCAACAGCGUAACAUGUCAGCCCUUGGGGCAGGAAAUUUGGAAACAGAAAUCCUCAGUCCAACAGCGAUGCUCGUCCAGGCGCUCGGUAAUGCUACCAAGGGCGAAGACGGACUCGCAAACGGGGAGGUAGCAAGAGCAAUCGCUGCGCGGCUCGCUACUAUUUUCAAUAUCAACGAUGAGACUAUUGACUUGAACCAGGCCUUGGCGAUUCACGGUGUCGAUUCACUUGUCGCAGUCGAGCUGCGGAAUUGGCUGGCUGCAACGAGCCGCGCCAAGCUAUCGAUCUUUGAGAUACUACAUGCCAGUUCGUUACACGAGAUAGCAUCUUUAACACUGGCGAGGGCCGAGUUGUCCUAA